ACAAACAUUGAGAGUAGAAUCGAUUACAAUAGCAUGUCGUCUCAAAAACCUUUGACUCAAUUUUUUAAGCCUCUUCAGAGUGGAGGCUUAAAGCGUUCUUUUGCCGAAUAUGUUGGUAGUAGCAUACCCAUAGAAAUCAAUGCCGUUGAAAAGGAAAACAAGGUUGACCAAACUCCUGAAGCAAAUAUUGUUGAAGAGAAUGUGAGACUCUCGCCUGCCCAGAAAGAUAAAAUGAUUUUUAAUCAGACAGUUGCGAAAAUCAAAUUACAAGGAAAUAAAACUGGUGCCUUACAUCAUAAUAUUGGCCACUCAUGGUUUCGAGCCGUUGAGCCAGAGUUUAAGAAGCCAUACUUUAAACUACUGAGUGAUUUUCUAGCAUCUGAACGAUCAAAACAUACCAUUUUCCCUCCAGAACAUCUGAUUUGGUCAUGGACUCAUUUCUGUGAUAUUCAAGAUAUCAAAGCAGUUAUUAUUGGACAAGAUCCAUAUCAUGGAGUGGGUCAGGCUCAUGGUUUAUGCUUUAGUGUUUUAAAAGGUGUAAACCCUCCCCCAAGUUUGGUGAACAUCUUUAAAGAAUUGGCUUCUGACAUAGAUGGAUUUCAAAUUCCUAAUCAUGGAAACUUAAGUGGAUGGGCUAGACAAGGUGUACUACUACUCAACGCUGGCUUAACAGUACGAUCCGGUGCAGCAAACUCACAUAAAGACAAAGGUUGGGAAACACUGACGGAUGCCGUGAUACAAUGGAUUAGUACCAACUGCGAGGGCGUGGUUUUCCUUUUGUGGGGUGCUUACGCCCAAAAGAAGGCUUUGGUUGUUGACAAGAAGAAACAUCACUUGCUACAUGCACCACAUCCAUCGCCACUCUCAGCGCAUCGCGGGUUUUUGGGAUGUAAACAUUUUUCCCGAUGCAAUGAGCUUCUUAUCAAACAAAACAAAGCUCCUAUCGACUGGUCUAAUCUUCCAAUUGAGUGAAAAGAAAACGAAAUUUAAAACUCAGUGCUUACAAUGUUAAAGUGGUUAAUCAAGAGAUCUCACCUUUUAUCAUCGGAUGAACGAUGCCAUGAAACCAAGAUAAAUUUUUGAAACCUGAAUUCGAGUCAACCGGCAAUUUAGCAAAAGACGUGCUGAAAAUCAACGUGAAGAGUUAACAAUUACAUAAAUUAGAAAACAUCAGGGGCCACUGCAAAAACUGAAGGACAUCUGGACCUAGCAAGUUUGACGUACGCCUGGGUGGAAUUCUUGUAAACAGCUGUAUCAACGCUCUUUUUGUUCCAUACGUGAGUUCCAAUUGUUUCGUUUCUCCAUUCGAUGUCUUCUUCCAAAAAAUAUGUCUCCCAGUUAAACCAUUUAACUGGGUAAAAUGCCAUAGGAGGUAGAAUCCUAAAACCGUAGCAUGUACUAGUAGUCAUUGCUUGUAUGUUGUCUGCUGAACACCACUUAGUCAUUACGCGUGUCAACAACAAUGGCCCGUUAUGACCCCAAAUGUCCUUUCUGUGUACAAGGCAUCCUUAAAAAUUCCGUUAAAAUUUUA